AGGUUAGUAAUGAAGGAUUGAGGUCUAACUGCGUAAGGGUAUUGAUAAGUUGUGCUUCAAAGCAAUUAAAGUCUGUUUGAAUUUAAAUUGUUCAGCCGUUUCGUCGAUGAUGAAAUUAUUCAUGCCACAGGAGAUAAUAAAUAUGUAUUAGGAUCAAGCGCAGAAUGAUCAUUCAGUUGACGAGCAAGUUUUCUUUAUAUUUGCAGACUUAUGUUUGAUUUUUUAUCGACAGUCAUAUUUUAUCUUAUCGAGGUUUAAGGCAAGUGAUGAACCGAAGGUUUUCCUUUGCUGAGCUUGCUGUUAUUUUAACUGGCAUCGCAUCUCACACGAGUGAAAUAUUAUUAUCAAUGACGUGAGAAGUACAACUGCGAUCGCAAAAAUGAAUUGCACGAAUACGCAGAGCUAUAGCGGCAAACGACGUUGAAAGCGAAACAGCUUCGCACGCGUGUCGAAAAACGUAAAAAUCGAUGAAAAUGGAGGCAAAGUUAGCCACUUACAAAACGUUCCAACAUCGCGUUGGACGUUGGAUGCUCUACUGUGGUGUCAGACCACAUCAGGGUGGAAUUCAUCCGAGCAGGAUCGCCGCUAUCUACGGCUUGUUCUUGUCCGUCGUUCUGUUUGCGAAAGUGUUCUUCUACUGCGUGGCCAACGUCGGAAACCUCUUGAAGCUAAUUAAUGGUGUGACCUUCGUGUUUAGCUUCGGCACGAUUAUCCUGAAGAUGAGCGUGUGCCUGAUCUGUCGCGAAGACUUUGCGAUACUGGAGGAACAGUUAGGUCAGAAAUUUGAAAGGGAAUUGGAAAAGAAGGAGAAUCGACCGGCGCUGCUUGAGAAGAUAACCGUAUAUACGAGAUUCAUGUACGUCGUAGCCACCCUACUUUUCGUAUCGAUAUCUAUGUACGUUAUCGUGCCUACUGUUAACAUAUUCAAGUACAAAAGAUACCUUCUUGUUUUUAUGGGAAAAUACCCAUUUCCAUUGGCGUCAGCAACACCACUGUACUGGGUGAUCUACUUGUUCGAAAUGACCAAUGUUUACUUCAUUUGGAAUGUAACGAACGGCGUGGAUAACGCAUUCGGGCUGUACUGCUUUCAGACGUGUGGUUUGCUUCGCCUCGGAAGUCAGCGUCUGACAGAUAUGCAGUCGAGCGAUCCAAAUUACAAGGAACAGCUGCGCGAAUGCGUGAAAAUGCAUCAGUUAGUCUUGACAGCCAGAGAUUCUUUGCAGAGAGCUUACGGAGUCACGGUCAUUUGGAUAAAUAUUACGAAUUCGAUCGUCAUGUGCGCCUUGAUGUGGCAGGCGAAUCAGAUGAAAAACGUUAUGACCUCAUCCAGAGCUCUUCAUUUCAUGGGCUUCGUAUGUUUGAAAUUGAUGCAGUCUUUUACCUACGCUUACUACGGCUCACUCGUUUCCGAAGUAAAUGAGAAUUACCAGAACGCAAUUUACAUGUCGAACUGGCCGGGAUCUGGAAACGUCCGAUUGAUGAAGGACCUUUUAUUCAUUCUCAUGCAACGAACAGUCACUUUGAAAGCGUGUGGUUACUUCUCUAUAACUAUGGCAAUGUUUGAAAAGAUUGUCAAUACGACGAUAUCGUAUUUUUUCUUACUUCAAACGAUAGAGGCAAAAAAAUAAGCUUCAACGAUACACUGCGUCGAUGGAAAUCACAAGUCGUUCGUUAUUUAUCUACGCUGAUGAGUACUAAUCACCGCAAAAUUUACUCACUGUAUGAAAAUAUAAAACUGAAAACAAAGCAUAUUAUUAAUGUCU